GGUAAUAUCUCCGGACAAGAAAUUUUGGCCAUUGCUAGGGACUAGACGUCCAAGCUUUGUUAGCUUCACAGCCUUCGCCUCCAUAUUAAUUAUUAGUUUGAUUCUUCCUAUUCUAUUUAUACUGAGCUCUCGCAUUUCAUUUCUUCCUGAAGAACGCUCCUCAGUUGUCACCAUGCAACUAUCACUUCUUUCAGAGAGGCUCUUGAGCAGAGCCUGCAACCAGUGGAAAUGGUGGUGGGAAGCUAGCAGCGAGAGAGAUGAGCUGGCUCGAGCACUCCUCACAGUUUCACUAUUCAUUCUGCCCAUCUUCUGGAUCCUAUGGAUAGCUUCCAAGUCGAGAAAAGCAGGGGUGGCGCCGCCUCCAGCACCUCCUGGUCCUCACGGCAUGCCGAUAGUUGGAUACCUCCCAUUUCUAGGCACAAACCUCUGCCGAUCGUUCACCGAACUUGCCGAGCAAUAUGGCCCAAUCUUCAAGCUCUGGCUUGGCAAGAAAUUGUGCGUGGUGGUGAGCUCCCCUUCACUGGCAAAGGAGGUGGUUCGAGACCACGACGCUGUUUUUGCCAAUCGAGACCCACCCAGAACAGGGCUCGCAGCCACUUAUGGCGGACUUGAUAUUGCGUGGUCUCCCUAUGGAGCGUAUUGGCGGGCCACCCGCAAACUAUUUUCGAGGGAAAUGCUUAGUAACACUAGCCUGGAGGCUAGCUACAAUCUUCGACGAGAUGAGGUUCGGAAGACUGUUAGAGAAGUGCAUGGCAAGAUUGGCAGCGCUAUUGACAUUGAAGAAGUAGCUUUUCUCACGGCAUUUAAGGUAGCGAUGGCCAUGCUGUGGGGCGGCACGGUCGAUAGCCAACGGGUUGGCAACAUCGGAGCAGAGUUCCGGAUGGCGACCGCAAAAAUGGUCGAGCUUAUGGCAGUGCCCAACGUGUCGGAUUUCUUCCCAAUGCUAGCAAGGUUUGAUGUACAGGGGCUGGAGCAAGAAGCCAGGCAGAUCCUCAAGCAGGUCGAACAAAUCAUAGAUCCAAUAAUUGAGGCAGGCUUGAACAUGGGUGCAGUUAGGAAGGAGGAGCUAAGAAACGAAGGGAGGAAGGAUUUUCUGCAGAUACUUUUGGGGAUCAAAGAGACAGGUGGUGCUGAAAUAGCAUUGGGCCUCGAGGAAAUUAAAGCCUUGUUGAUUGACAUCGUUGUAGGCGGAACAGAAACUUCUGCAACAACAGUGGUGUGGGCUAUGACAGAGAUCAUGAACAAUCCAGAGAUCAUGAGAAGGGUCCAGGACGAAUUAUCGAACAUUGUUGGAAUGGACAACGUUGUUGAAGAGUCCCACUUGCCCAAAUUACACUACCUAAACGCUGUUCUAAAAGAAUCAUUUCGGUUACACCCGCCCCUUCCCCUUUUAGUCCCUCGGUGUCCGAGCGAGUCUUCAAUUGUAGGCGGAUACACCAUACCAAAGGACACCAGGGUCUUCCUGAACGUUUGGGCAAUGCACAGAGAUCCCGAGGUUUGGGAUGAGCCAUCGAAGUUCAAGCCGGAGAGGUUCUUGGGUGGCACGGGCAACUGGGAUUUCAAUGGAAACAAUUUUCAAUUUCUUCCAUUUGGGUCUGGGAGAAGAAGGUGUCCUGGGAUUCCCUUGGCUGAGAAGAUGGUCAUGCAUGUGUUGGCUUCCUUUCUGCAUUCAUUCAAUUGGCACUUGCCUGGAAAUGAAGAGAUUGAUCUUUCAGACAAGUUUGGGAUUGUCAUGAAGAAAAGGACGCCGCUUAUGGCUAUCCCUACACCGAGGUUAUCUGACUCCAAGUACUAUGAUUGAUGUACUGCUUGUAUUACGUUCGUGAUUUGAUGUAACCCUAUUGAUGUAAUCCAAAAAUUAAUAACUAAAUUUCUUAAUUAUUAAAAUUAUU